GUAGUGGUGACAGUGAAGAAGAGUAUCUUGGUCAUUUAAAGAGACUGUCCACUUUUUCCCCACCAAGAAAUGAACAGGAAAUGAACAUACAGUGACAUAUCCUUUUCUUAAUUCUAUCUGUCCAUCCCAUACUCUUUUCUUUCCUUGCCACCUCUGACCCUUACCCACCCACAGUCACUCCAACCCCUGCUUUCCAUGAUCCAACAUAUCACUUGGUUGUACUAGUACUACACUAUCUCACAACCACCUUACCAACAGGAGUUUUAAGGAACACUGGAAGUAGACCUUUUUCUCUUUUUCUCUUCUUUAGUUUGGGGAACAAUGGUGGUGCUGCUGCUGCUGCUGUCUUCUCUGGUUUCAUAGUUGGUUGGUUUGCCGGAAACACUUGUGUUAGACAAUCAGAGCAUUUAGAAAUGAACACAUCAGAUCGAGAAGCGAUCGAAGAUGCAUCAGAAGAAGUCAGUAGCCAAGUUGCUUCUAACUUAUCAAUUCAAGAAUCCUCCCCCUUUAUAUCCAAGGAUGCCGAUACUAUCUCUGCGCAACCGGUCUCCCUCAACUUGACACUGACUAUAAACUCAGAUGUAUCAGCAACAAGUGAGAGCAGCACUGAACAUCAUCACCCUGGCGACAUUUCGGUCCCGGCAAGAGUCUUUUCCUGCAACUACUGCCAGCGCAAAUUCUUCAGCUCACAAGCACUGGGUGGCCAUCAAAAUGCACACAAAAGAGAACGAUCAUUAGCGAAACGAGCAUUGAGAAUGAGCACGUUCCCUGAUGCCUAUGCUAGCAUGGCUUCGUUACCGCUCCAUGGCUCUGCAUUACAUGCAUUGGGGAUUAAAGCGCAUUCGUCAAUGCAUCAGGGCAUGUUUCAGAGUCAAGAUAGCCGAGGUAGCUCAAGAUCAGACCGAGGAUUGCUCGGGCCAUGCCCAAUGUUCAUGGAGGAUGAUGAAUUGGACUUGUAUUGGCCUAGAAGUUUCAGACCAGUUUCUGCAUCAGGCUUCGAAAUCAUCGGCAAUUCAAGUGUCAAUUAUGUUCCUAUGGACUCAAUUCCUCAGGAGGAACCUGAUCUUACAUUGAAGCUAUAAAAUAACAAUAAUAAUAAUAACAACGUAUCGAAGAUUGGAUUGCGGGUAAAUCAAUCGUCGCGGCAAAUGGCUUAAAUUUAUGUGUAUAUUGAGGCAUUGCAUUGCAUUGCAGUGAGCUCUUUUUCUCACUUUGUUUCGGUUUGUUGGUAAUUUGGAUACUUUGUUUGCUUUUAAUCAUUUUGCCAUACUUUCUUGA